AUGGCUCUUCGAGGAUGCUUUCCUCUAGCAAAGUGGAAAAGCAACCAUCCAGGUUUCUUCAGACUUCCUUCAUUUCAGUCAACAAGUUCAGAGACUCAUCAAUUUAGCGAAUCAUCCUCUAAGAUUCUUGGUCUUGCUUGGCAAUGCGCUCCAGAUCUGCUUAUGUUCACGGGUCAGCCCAUCCUACAAGCAACCAUCACCAAACGCACUAUACUCUCUGAAACCGCUCAGCUCUUUGAUCCUCUCGGUCUGAUUUCACCCAUCAUCGUCCGCGCGAAAGUCUUAAUGCAGGAUUUGUGGCAAGAGAAGAUCGGAUGGGAUGACAUGCUCCCUCCUCAAAUCAUACAUCGCUGGACGACGUUUCGCAAUGAACUUGCACAACUCUCGCAACUCACUAUUCCUCGAUGGCUUCAACUACGAUCUGAUAAUUCUCAAGGCGGGAUACAUGGCUUCUCGGAUGCUUCACUGGCUGCAAUGGCUGCUGCAGUCUAUGUAAAAGUGUCUUCGCCAUCGGGAUCCUCCACAGUGACUCUCGUUUGCAGCAAAACCAGAGUUGCUCCACUCCAUCGUUUAACAAUUCCACGCUUGGAGCUAUCAGCCGCACUACUACUCUCCAAACUUAUCACUCGAGUUCAAACCACUCUCCAGCUGCAACACGCUCCCGUCACCUUGUGGACAGACUCUUCAGUAUCGCUUGCUUGGAUCAACAGUGAUGCACUGCGUUGGAAGGAGUUUGUAAAGAAUCGAGUGCAACAAAUUCAACAAUCUGCGCCUGACGCAACCUGGAGGUUUGUAUCUGGGAAGCACAACCCUGCAGAUUGUGCUUCUCGAGGUCUCACUCCAUCUCAACUCAUCACGCGACUGCGGAACCAACUUCCAAGGCGCACAAGUCGAACUGAAGAGUCUCCUAGCAGGAUUCGCCAAAGAAUCGCAACACUUGCAACAGCUGAUCGCUAA